UAAACACCCAAAACCCAACUACUAAAACAGAUAAAUGUAUACAUACAUACAUAUAUACAUGCAUAUAUUUAUGUUGUGUAUAUAAUGUUUAAUGUGAAUGCCCGGACAGGGAAGACAGACUCAAGUGCGUAGUCACGCAGCUGUCAUUCGACAUUACAAAGCCCACCCUUCCCUCCUCUCCAUUGACAGCAAAUUAGAGUUUGCACCUGUCGGCCCCUCUCUCUCUCUCUCUCUCUCUUUCUGCUACUCAUAAAUCUUUCUUUCUCUUUUAAUCAACAAUAUCUCAACAUCUCUUUCAACCAUUCUUUUCAGCUAAACAGAAAGUCCAUGGAGCCGAUACACGCCAACCAGUAGAGUCAACUAACCCAUUUAGCAGAAAAAUGAUAAUCAGAUGGCAAUGGAAGAGAAAAGAAUUGUAGCUGAUUGCUCAGUGACUCGUUCGUCUUGCUGGUCAACUUUUCAACAAUUUGAAUGAUUUAGGAAACAAAUUUGGAUGAUCAUAUUUCGGCGGCGCCAUGGCUAAUUAUCCACAUUACCGAUCACAGUUUGGAGACACGACUUUCACCAAAGUGUUUGUUGGGGGACUGGCAUGGGAGACGCCGACUGAGGAAAUGCGUAGGUAUUUUGAGCAGUUUGGUGACAUUCUUGAAGCUGUUAUCAUCACUGACAAGAACACUGGCAAAUCUAAAGGCUAUGGAUUUGUUACAUUUCGUGAUGCUGAAUCGGCAAGAAGGGCUUGUGCUGACCCGAACCCAGUUAUUGAUGGACGAAGAGCAAAUUGUAAUAUUGCUUCACUUGGUCGGCCUAGACCAUCGCCUCCUCGAGGUUCAUUCAUCUUUAAUCAUACCAAUAUAUAUUCUUAUCAUAAUAUAUAUAUCAUGAUUCUGAAAAUUUUGAAUGAAAAUUUUGCAGGAAGAAACCAAGUUGGUAAUUAUCAGAGUAUUCCAUAUCAAGGAGGUGGAGCAGCAUCAUACAGAGGAGUUGCAGGACCAUUACCACCACCAGCUCCUCCUCUCAUUUAUGCACCUUAUUAUGGGUACACAACCUAUACUCCUGAUUAUGGCUACCACCAAGCUGUAUACAACCCACAAGUUCAACAGACACAGUACUAUCAGCAAGUUUACGGAGCAUCAUCGUCAAACCCAAUGGGUGCCUCUCCUUAUUACUAUGGCUACUCUUUGCAAGCUCCCACCCCCAGAGGAGCUUAUCCUGCACCCCACCAACCUCAGCGUUUAACCCCCCCCGCUCCUUCUUAUCUCUACUAUUCUUCACAAUUGCCGGACGCCACUGCCGCGGCCUCCUUCCCUCCUCCUCCUCAUCCCUUCCAACUCACUCGGCAUCCCUUUCCCUCCCCUUCUUCUGAUUCACAGGCUCCACAACAUACAGUAUCUGGAGAAACAGAAGGCGGAGUGAAUACAUCAGACAGUGCACAUAACUAAAGAUAGAAGAACCCAACUAAAAUCUCAAUUCCCCGCCACCUUAUCAAAUCUGAACUUAACCUAUAUCGCAUUACGUGCUCAUAUACCAAGAUUUGGAGGUAUUGAGUUUUGGGUAACUGCGGAAUAAGAAAAUGGGGUAUGCGCCAAAUGCAACUAGG